AUGUCUAUCCGAGGACUCUGGAGUAGUAUGAUACGUUCCAAGAGCGAAAAAUUAAGUUUUGUAGUGGUAGAUGCCUUUAGCGAGGUAAGAAUCGAUCAUGCUUUAGCGGUGGCCAAUCUGGAUUUGCCACGUCAAUCAUUAUCACGAGGAGUCACGCGUUGCGUUAAAGAAAAGCUGGGAAUUGAAAUUGAGCCUUAUACCGACGCGAAACCUCUCAUUCUCAUCGGUCAAGACAAUUGGUGUAUUGUCACGCCGAACGAAUCUCGACAACUAAAAAACGGCAGUUUGGCAGCCUCGCGUUCUACUUUAGGUUGGGUGCUCCAUGGCUACAUCGAAGCCGGACGCGAUUUGAAGCUCAAUUUAAGCACGCUCGCGUCGCGUUGUGAACUGAUGCAACCCAAGAACAUCGAGCAGCGGAAUUUUGAAGAUUUGGAUAAUCUCGUAAGAGGAUAUUUUGAACUCGAAAACCUCGGCGUCGCGAUCACUGGUAACGAAAACGGUAAACACGAGAGAGCCUUGGCCAUUUUAGAAUCAACCAAGAGAAAAAGAGAUGGUUAUUGGGAGACGGGUUCACUCUGGAGAUCGGGAUUAAUGCCGAGCGUUGACGGAAAAAAGACUGCGUUGAAAAGACUCUAUUCUUUGGAAAGAAAAUUGGAUAAAGAUCUUAAAUUAGCGGCACAAUAUUACAAAGAGAUAGAGCGUUGGAUUGAAAACGGCUAUAUAGUGAAAAUCAUGAAAGACGUACCGAGACCCCGUGAAUGGUAUAUCCCUCAUUUUCCGGUCAGGAAUUCAAAUAAGCCGGAGAAAGUUAGGCCCGUGUUAGACGCAGCUGCUAAAACACAGGGAUUCUUCUUCAACGAUUUUUUGGAGACGGGCCCGGAUUUUUUAGAGUCGCUGCUCGAGGUUCUUUUGCGUUUUAGGCAAUCCCCUAUCGCCGUAAUAGCCGAUAUCAAAGAUAUGUACUUGCGAGUUAAAGUGAUUGAGAGAGAUCGGGGAGCGCAAAGGUUUUUCUGGCGAGGUGCUGAUCGUGUACGUAAGCCCGAUGUCUGGGAAAACACGGGAUUGAUAUUCGGCUCGAAAUCUUCUCCUUGCAGCGCGAUUUACGUCAAAAAUAAUAACGCGGAGACAUUUGCUAAAGAGAAACCCGAAGCCGCGCGUAGCAUAGUAAAGAACAGUUACAUGGAUGACUAUCUUGCGUCGGAGAGGCUAAUUUCGAUAUGCAUGGCUGGGCAUCGAACGGCAUUAGGAAAAAGAGACAAAGCGAAUCUCUGCGAUGAGGAAGAACGCGUGCUAGGUUUAUACUGGGAUAGAAACCAAGAUACGCUUAGUUUCAAUGUUGGUUUAAGCAAAAUUUGCUCGAAUUUAGCCCGCGGCGAAGUAGCGCCAACCAAACGAGAGUUUUUCAGUAUUGCCAUGUCGGUAUACGAUCCACUCGGUGUCCUCUCCCCGUUCACGCUUCAAGCGAAGCUAGUGAUGCAAGACAUUUGGCGUAGCGGGUUUAGGUGGGACCAAGCGAUUCGGACGAAAGAAUUUAAAGUUUGGGUAAUCUGGCUGAAAAACCUACUCGAAAUGAAAAAUUGCAAAAUACCACGCUACUAUCUUACCCCUGGUUCCGAUAAUGUCAAAACUCAGCUGCAUAUAUUUUGCGACACUAGUCUGAAAGCGUAUGCUGCGGCAGCGUAUUUACGACCGGAAGCAAGCGACGGUCAAAUUCAUCUGUCGCUAGUGAUGGCUAAAUCGCGAGUGGCGCCGGUGAAACCGAUGACGGUACCACGAUUGGAAUUACAGGCGGCUCUGCUUGGAGCGAGAAUGGCGGACAUUGUCGGAGGAGAACUGGAAGUUCCAAUACAUGAGCGCGUUUUUUGGUCCGACUCUUCGACUGUUUUACAUUGGAUUUGCGCGGAUCCAAUACAAAAACAAAUGUUCGUCGCGAACAGGUUAGGGGAAAUCGGUGAGUUGACGAAGGUCGCGGAAUGGGGCUGGAUACCCACGAGCCUAAACCCAGCGGACGACGCUACGCGACCGUCUGACUUACCCAUGCGCUCAGAUGAUCGGUGGUUGAUUGGCCCCAAAUUUUUGCUUAAAGGUCGUGACUCGUGGCCAAAAGAAAAGACGAUGAAAGAUUCUGAAAAGCGCGCAAUAAAUGAAUUGGAAGCUCGGAAAGAAUUUAUCGGAGCCGCGUUUGUAAGACAUCCCGAAAUGUGGAUGAUCCCUAUUAGGGUCAGAUUGCUCGGGUGGAAGAGAAUGUUGAGACCCGUGAUGCGCGGAAGACAGAUAUUUAAUGUUUGGCGUCAAUAUCGAGGACCGCCCAAGGAGCGCGUUGCGCGUAGCAAGCCUUCAGCGUUGGAACGUUGA